AUGCCUUCGUGGGCUUCAAUGAUGCUCGACCGAUUUCCAUGUGCAACUUGUAGACAUGGGGCAGGUUGGCAGAGCAAGUCCGAGAAAGAGGCGUGGAUUGAAAUUAUACAUUCAAGAUGGAAAAUCCGCCUGAUGAUGUUGUUGGACGGCCGAGUUCAACCCAUCCAUCGCUCCUUCCUUAUUCCUCUCUCUUCCUUCCUUCUCCCCCCUCCACUCCAGUUCUUCCACAUCCUGUACAGCUUCAUCUUCCACACCACGCUGCCGAUUUUGCUCUUGGGCCGUGCCGUUUAUCGUGGACGUGUUUCCAUCAUGUCGAUUCCUUCGUCCUAUCCUAAUCCCUCUCCCCGUCUUCCCUCUCAAUUUCCCACCGCACUCCAUCAGAACCAUCUCCAUCAAGACCACCCCUACAUCCCGGCCAUCAUGAAUUCCUACCCGUACCCAUCUAGCUUCGGCUUCAACACUGCCUCCGUGGCUAUAGCCAGGGAGCGUGCUGGUAAUCGGACCCGCCCUGAGCCUCGGGCUCCACGCCCGGUUCAAACGGAUGAUCGCCAGUCCCCGUUAGUUUCCUGGAUCAUGCACCAAGAUUGUCACAGCCCUGUUUUCUUGCAUCAUAUCUCCUGCUUCUUGAUCGUUCAUUUCGUGCAUCACCGUUUACAUAUAUCCAGACACUGA